GCCUUCCCCCAGGCCGCGGAAGGGCUGAGCCUCGGGGCCUAGUGGGCGUCUAGGACGCCCUACAGGGUUGGGGUCGCACAGGCGCAGCCCCUUCCGUCUGUCUGUCUGUCCGCGCCCCGGGUCCGGCGUCGGACCGGUCGCGCUCACUCAUGGGCGGAGCCGGCCCAGAGCCCCGCCCCAAGCGCAGCCUUGAAACCCGGUCGCUGGCAGCUUCGGUCCCAGAAGGGAGUCGCUGUCGGAGCAGGAAACCCCGUCCUCGGGCCCCUGCCCGGCCACGAGGGAGGACCGCGGUCUCGCGCAGCGCCGCCCCGAUCGCGUCGCCCGCCCGCCCGCCCGCCCCGCCCGGAGCCCGGGGCGCUGCCCACAGGGGCUCCCCCCGGAGGACGAGCAUGGUGAGUUCCCCUCGGAGCCCGCUGGUUCAGGACGUCUGAGAAGAUGCUCGCCUUGCGGCUGCUCGCGUGCGCCCUGCAGCUCCUGGCUGGGCUGGCGCUGCCUACCGCGCCCCUCCAGCAAUGGGCCUUGUCCACUGGAAACAGUUCUUCAGAGGUGGAAGUGAUGCCCUUCCAGGAGGUGUGGGGCCGCAGCUACUGCAGAGCACGGGAGAAGCUGGUGGACAUCGUGGCCGAGUACCCUGGCGAGGUGCAGGACUUGUUCAGCCCGUCCUGUGUCUCUCUGAAGCGCUGCACUGGCUGCUGUGGUGAUGAGCGCCUGCAGUGUAUGCCGGUGGAGACCUCCAACGUCACCCUGCAGGUCCUGAAGAUCACUCCGGGGCCCCGGCCCUUCCUGGUGCACAUGACUUUCUCACAGCACAACCUCUGCGAGUGCAGACCCCUGCAGAAGAAGACAAAGGCAGAAAGGAGGAGACUCAAGGUCAGGGGGAAGAGGAAGCGAGAGAACCAGAAACCCACAGUCUGCCACCAGUGCGGUGACAGUGUUCCCUAAGGGGAACGGCCCUUCAGAGGAGAGAGACCCCCACACGCAGCUCGUGUAUUUAUUAUUGUCCACUCUCGGUGACCUCCCUGCUGGUACCUUCCCUCUAUUUAUUAGCCAGCUGCAUCCCUGCUGAAUGACUUGCUGCCUCCGAGAUGAGGAGCAAGGAGGGACAGGACCCUCAGGAAUUCAGUGCCUUAAGCAGAACGUGAGAGAAGGAAGAAGCCAUCCACAGACCCGUGGGAGCUUCGGCUUGGAAAGAAACAAGACGUGACCUUGUGAGGGGCAAGCCAGGCCCCAGAAGUCCCAGGUCCCCAGGGAAAGAAGAAAAGGGGCCCCACUGGGCUCCAGGCUUGUGGGCUCUGUGCUGCCGGCAGCCUUUGCCCUGGUUGCCCUGGGCCCAGGUGGGCCCAGACACGUGCUCUGGCCACCACGUCCCUGGCUGGUGGGCAGGUGGGCAGCCUGUGGAGGGGAUCCAGCCUUGCCCUCCUUUCCCUGGCAGUGCUGCUUGCCCUGGAGACUGGGGCUUUCAGCCAAGAACAGCUCUUGCCUGGAGCCUUCGCCACCCGUCCCCCAGGUCACUCCUCAUGGCUGCCUCUGGCUUGUUCUAGAACAUUGUUUUUUUCCAGCCAAGGUACCAUGACCCUGCCGCCUCUCAGGGGGCAGAGUGGGCCCCAAAAGACAGAGAAGGAGGAGCCCUGCCAUGGGGAUGAGGUCACUGGGACAGAGACCUGUGCGCCUUAGGCCAGCAGCUGUGGAAAGUGGAGCAGACCCUGAGGGCCUGUGUCCCACAGGCUGCCCCUGAAGAGCUGACUGACCACCAAGCCAGAUUCUCUUGA